AUGUCCGUCCUUUUAUCAUCAUCAUCAUCAACAACCAAUACUCAUCCUUCUUAUUUUCCUCCUCCUCCUCCUCAUCAUCAUCAUAUUAAUGGAAAUCUUUCUCCAACAACAAAAUCAAUAUCAUCUAUAAAUCGUUUAACAUCAAAAUUAAAUGAAAAUAAUAAUGGAAAUAUGGAGAAUGAUCAUGUACCAUUUGGUGUUGUUAAUUCAAUGAAACAACGUUUACUUGAUAAAGCAAAUGAAUCAUUAUUAUUAAAUAAUAAUUCAACAUUUAAUCGUUAUUCAUUAUCAAAACCACCACCAUCACGUUUAUCAUCAAAUGAAAAUUUAUUUCAAACAAAAUCAUCAAUAUCAUCAUUAAAACAUACAACACGUUUAUCAUAUAGUCAAGAUAAUUUAUUAAAUAAUAAUAAUAAUAAUACAGAACAAUUUACAUCAUAUUUACAACCAAAACAAGAUGUUAUUAUUGUUGAAAGAACAAAAUCAACUGAUGAAAAUAUUUCAACAUAUCGACAUUCAUAUACAGAAUUACAUAUGGAUGAAGUACCAAAACCUGGUACAGUUACAACUGUUAAAAAUAUGUUCGAACGACAAAUUCGUUUAAGUCGAUAUGAUAGUGAUAAAUUACCAAAUACAUUAUUACCUAAUAAUUCACGUAUAAAUAAUCAACAUCGAGAAAUUUUAAGUCCAAGUCGUUCACGUAGUAUAUCACCAAAUGAUAUGGCUUUACGACAACGACGAGCAACAACAAUAUAUUCGUCAAAUCUACCAUCAACACCAUUAUCAUUACCUGUAACAACAUUAUAUCCUGAUGUUGUUAUAUCACAUACACCACCAACAUCAAUGCAUAUUGAAACAAAUAAAAUUAUUAAUGAACAAUCUGUGUUAAAUAUACAUAAUGAAAAUAAGAAAAAAACUUUUCCAUUGAAUAUUAUUACUGAUGAAACUACAGUUAAUAAUAAUAAUAAUAAUAAUAAUAAUGAUAAUCGUCCAAAUCUUUUACUUCCAACAACUUCAUCGUCAGAUACUAGUGAUUAUCAACCACUUGAUUUCAAAAGUCGUUUAGCUUUAUUUAAUCGUACAAAUACAAUUGAACGAUCGAAUGUAAAUUCUCAUGUUUCGACAAAUAUAAAAAAAACUUCAAAUCAUAAUAAUUCUGUUCCAUCACCGCCUAAUUUUUUAACAAAACCAAUUGUUCAUCAUCAUUAUUUAGAAAAAAAAGAUAUUUCAGUAGAUUCAAUUGUUCAUUCAGUUGCUAAUUCAACUAAAUCAGUAACAUUUUUUGGUGGAUUAAAAAUAAAUAGCAAUGUUCAAUCAACUCUACCAGCUUCAAUAAUUCCACCACCAUUAUUAAUUACUAAAGAUGAACAGUCAUCUAUAUCAACAUCUGUUGAUUUACUUCAUGCACCAGAUGUUAUUGGUGGGGACGUCAAAUUAAGUAAAUCAUCUAUUUUUUCAGGAACGAAAAAGGAUGUUCGAGUACAAUUUAUUGAUAAUGUUGACACAUUUGAAUAUCCAUCAUUUACUGUAGUAAUGGCUGAAUUUGGUAAUACUGAUUCAGAUGAUGAUGAUAAUGACGAUGAUGAUGAUGAGAAUGAUCUGUCAAUUGAGAACGAUAAAAAUUGUAUGAAAAAAUUUCCUAUAGAUGAAAAUAUAAAUGAUCAAAUUGAUGAUGUUGAUGAUGAUGAACUUGAACGAUUGGCAAGUAUUAAUGCAAGAUUUAAUUCGAACAAUCUCAAUGAAGAACCAUUACAAUCGAAAGGUACAUUACAUACAUUUCGUCCAGCAUAUAUUGAUCAAUAUGAAUUAGGUACACAAAAUAAUUCUUUAACAAAUUCCGAUUCGUCAGAUAGAUUUUCUCGUGAAAAAUAUUUUUCUUCAUCGACUAAUUUUUCAAAUCAUUCCACGUUAAAACAAGAAAAAUCAAUGUUUGAUAUGACAAAUAAUAUUCAAUGGAGUUCAAUGUCAACAACUACUGAUUUACUUUUUUGA